GCCCCCCGACACCGGCCGCAGGAUUCACAAGUCGCUCAUCCUCGUCGGCAGCAAAACCUCCCUGGAUCACUUCUCGGCCCGCGCGGAAAAACGCGUAGCUGGAUGGUGGCUGGACUUGCAGGGCCGCACUGAAGCCCCAAAAUGACCCCUUCGACCAGGUUUGGAAGGGUGAUGAGCUCUGGAGUGGUUGUUCUGUUGGCGGCGGCGUUGACUUCCCCUUUAGCGGUCGAAGCUCAGAGCGAGAACAAUUACGUGGAGCUGAAUGGACCAUGCGCUGGCUACAAACCCGGCGAGGAUGACCUGCAGGCCUUUGAUUUUAUUCGCAACUUUGCGCUGGACCUGCCGGAGACCCAGUACCCUGGCGUGACUCGCGUCAGGGGCUCAAACAGGAUGCAGACUGCUUACAGACUCAAUAACAAUGCUGACCUCCAACUACCCACCAGGAGUGUGUUCCCUCUGGGUUUACCAGAAGAAUUUAGUUUUAUUUCAACAUACCGGGCGCGCAGAUUGCCCGGCGAUCGGUGGCACAUCCUCAGGAUGACUGACUUACAAAACAGGCCCCAGUUCCUCAUAACCGUUCACGGCAGAAACAAGACGUUAGAGUUUUCGAUCGUCAAUUACGAGGGUAGACUGCAGACCCUGUAUUUCAAGGAUCCUCCAAUAUUUGACAAGGAGUGGCACAAGAUCCACUUCGGCGUGUUCAGGGACAGGGUCGAGCUGUACGUGGACUGCCAGCGGACGCAGGAGCACAGCCUGCAGCCGCGAGGGCCCAUCGACGUCAACGGCAAAAUCGAAAUCUCCAAGAUGGCCAACGGCAGGCGCACCGUUCCGAUUGAUUUGCAGUGGAUGGUGCUAAGUUGCGACCCGGAGAGACCGCAGCGAGAGACGUGCGGCGAAAUUCCUAGUGCACCGAAAGCUGCCGAGGGAUCUUGUGAUCAGACAGUGUGUCCUCAAGGACCACCUGGACUCAAUGGCACAAACGGCAAAGAUGGGCGGCAAGGUCCAAUCGGCCCUCGAGGACCAAUAGGGGUUCCGGGGUUCCCUGGUGACAAAGGCGAGAAGGGAGAGUCCGGAGUGCCAGGCGUAGCUGGUGAGUCUGGUGCUCAAGGACCACGAGGGAUUCCAGGCGCCAUAGGGCCUCAGGGUUUACCGGGACGAGCCGGUCAGAAAGGAGAAAGGGGCGAGUUAGGAUUUAAAGGCGACUUGGGUGAAAAGGGUGAAAGGGGUUCCGACGGACUACCUGGAAGGGAUGCCAUUGCCAUCGAGGGUGAAUCGAUUCCAGGCCCACCCGGACCAAUUGGCUUGCCAGGACUUGACGGUGAGAAGGGGGACAAAGGUGACGCAGGUGCUAGAGGAAGGCUUGGUUCAAAAGGAGAAAAGGGCGACCAAGGCGAUCCAGGCCCACAGGGCUUGACAGGGCCUGCAGGUCCACCGGGCGCACCAAGCUUUAUCAGUAACAAUGUUGACGCAGUACCUGGCGAAAAAGGCGCCCAGGGUGACAGAGGCGAGCGCGGUGAAAGAGGAAGCAAGGGAGAUAAAGGUGAAAUCGGAGAUGCGGGGAUUGAUGGGAAAGAUGGGUUAAGGGGCCUGCCCGGAAAAGAUGGUGCGCCAGGUGCUUAUGGAGAAAAGGGAGACCAAGGUGACCGAGGCCUGAUAGGCCCGCAAGGCCCCCCUGGAUUAAUCGGUCCACCAGGAGCAAGUGGCCCUCCAGGUCCAAAAGGCGAGGAAGGUAGAAAGGGAGAUGCCGGUCUGGAUGGUAACCCCGGAUUACCAGGUUCCGCGGCAGCUGAAGGAUCACCGGGACCUGCCGGGGACAAGGGUGACAAAGGUGAAAGAGGAGAGAAAGCAGACAAAGGAGAAAAAGGAGAUGCCGGUCCUCCGGGGGCGCACGGACUCAUCGGAAUGCCUGGCCGAGAAGGGCCUCAGGGUGAAGAAGGUCGAAGAGGCGAGCGAGGCGAGAAAGGGGACCAAGGGCAGAAGGGCUCACACGGCUCUCCAGGUGUAGCAGGAAAACCCGGAACUCCUGGUGCGAAUGGAAAAAUUGGACCAAAAGGAGAUGAAGGAGAAAAAGGGGAUUCUGGAUCGUCAGGUCAAAGAGGCCUUCCUGGACUUCCAGGAACGUCAGGUCCUGCCGGUCCCAUGGGGCUACCUGGUCUGCCAGGGAAACCUGGAUCACAAGGCCCUGCAGGUCCACCCGGUCCACCAGGUGAAAUGGUCACAAUUACAAGCAAUGCUGUAUCCGACAGCAGCAACUUUCAAUCGGUUAUGGGUCCUAGAGGGCCACCGGGACCACAAGGACCGGCUGGUGAGCGCGGAGCAAACGGCGAAAGAGGACCAGAAGGCCAGCCGGGAAUGCCGGGCCUCCCUGGGAAAGAUGGACCUUCUGGUCUGCCUGGUCCUCAGGGUCAGAGGGGGCAACCGGGUCUGCACGGAGCUGUGGGGCCCCCCGGCCGGAGUUUCACCGAAGCCGAGGUGAAGGAGUUGUGCAUCAAUGUGAUAAGAGAUUACAUAAGGGAAUACGCAUCUACGCUCGUAGGCCCUCCAGGUCCACCAGGUCGUGGGCGGCCUGGUCGGCAAGGCCCUGCCGGCCUUCAGGGAUCUCCAGGUGACCCUGGUCCUGCCGGUCUACCUGGAGAGAGAGGGUUCACUGGACUUCCCGGAGCUCAGGGUCCUGUAGGUCCAAUGGGACCUCAAGGUGAGAAAGGUGAAAAGGGCGAGAGGGGGCCUGAAGGUGUUGGAAUAGAGGGGCCACCAGGUCCAAGAGGGCACACAGGUGAAACUGGUCCAACUGGUGUAGGGUUGCCGGGUCGACCAGGUGACAGAGGCGAGCAAGGCAGACAAGGCUCGCCUGGAGUUAGGGGACCACCAGGCCCUCAGGGUCCACCUGGUUUUUGUGAAUACUGCAAUUACGCUAACAACAUCCAGUCCGCAAGACAAGAAAACUCGAAAGGACCGUGAAGGUGCAUCCCUCCAUGACGCAAACUUAAUUAAAUAAUUCACGUUUCACUGCCAAGAACUCUUUUGCCACAACAGAGUGAAGGGGUGGGUGGAAUUAAAUUUUAAUAAUUUUGCUAGUCUUAAGCUAUUAAAGCAGGUCCUAAAUUUGUAUAACGUUGGAUAACUCAUGAUGAAAAAAAUAAGUAAUAAUUAUUAAAUAUUGAUCACCACAUGGAGUCAUGUUUGUGUGCUUUUGAUAUAAUUUUAAAACGUAAAUAUACAAGGAGAUUUACUGUGCAAGGACCAGAGAGUGCCAUAACCAGUGACUUUAAUAAAUUAUGUAACAUGACACGGAAUAGACGAAUAAUAAAGAAAUCAAAAUAAAAUGUCUGCACA